CGGAUAACGCCCGGGGGGCGCCUUUGUUCCGCAGAGGCGGCGGCGGCGCGGAGCGAGCGGGGCGGGCACCGGCACCGGCACCGGCACCGGGACCCCCAGCUCCACUAUGACUCUGGAGGAGCUGCCCGGGGACCACCGCACCGCCGGGAGGAUGGAGCAGGCGGGGGACGCGCUGGAGGAGGUGCUGAGCAAGGCGCUGAGCCAGCGGAGCCUCACCCUCGGUGUCUACGAGGCCGCCAAGCUGCUCAACGUAGACCCGGACAACGUGGUGCUGUGCCUGCUGGCGGCCGACGAAGAGGAGGCGGGGGACGCGGCGCUGCAGAUCCACUUCACCUUGAUCCAGGCUUUCUGUUGCGAGAACGACAUCAACAUCUUACGCGUCAGUAACCCGGCCAGGCUGGCCCAGCUCCUGCUGCCCGCCACCGGCCCCGACUCGCCCGCCGACCUCCACUGCGUCCUCGUCACGAACCCCCAUGCCUCGCAGUGGAAGGAUCCAGCGCUGAGUCAGCUGAUGUGCUUCUGCCGGGAGAGUCGCUACAUGGAUCAGUGGGUGCCAGUGAUUAACCUCCCCGAGCGGUGACCGCGCCGGGCCGAAAACGAACUGAACCGAAUUGCACUGAAGUUUUGCAAUAUUUUAGCAGUUGCUCAGGAAGUAACUCCCUGCCCUGGCGAGAGGAUUGCGGGGGGGGGGGGGUGGGUGGGGAGGAAAAAAAGAAAAAAAAAAGAAAAAAAAAAGAAACAACAAAAAAAAAAGAUAAAACUGAUGUCAAGGGGGGGGGUAGGCUGAAGUUGAACUACGUGUUGUGUGGGACUUCUUUGAAGAAAAGUGACUCCGAAGCGGCGGGGAUGAGCGUGGAAGCGAAGGGAAGAGCAGCGCCUGCGUCGCCGGAGGAAGGAGCCCUGCCUGACGCGCGGGGGUGCCGCACGGCCGGGUUACUCACCGAAAACACCCAACACCCUUCACGGUUUUUUUUUUAAAGUGCAACUUAACAGUUCCUGGUUUAAGUACCUUAAAGAGCAAAAAGGUUAAUCGAAACAUUUUACAAACAAUUUUAUUGUAUUUUUGGGAUGUUAAUUCUCAAGUUUUUAUGCUAAGAUAUAUAAUAAGUUAUUUUAUGAUAUUGAUGAAAAAAUUAUUUAUACUCCGAGGUUUGAGAACCAGAAUGCCCUUAAGCAGUUGGUCUGCAACCACACAUCUUUUAACAGUUGGCUGUUAAAAGCAGCUACAUUAAUAUAAUUGUUUGAAAUUGGAUAGUGUUUUGUUUUUUGGGGUUUUUGGUUGUGUUUUGGUUUUUUUGUU